AAGGAAGCCCAGCUCGCUAGUGAAUCACCAGUGUCGUCCAAGUUGAAACAACACAAUCUUCUACACAAUCAAGUGCAAUGAUUGGCGAUCAAAAGGGUUUUUCGAUGGCCUUCUUACUUGCGGUCGUGAGUCUGUUGAGCUGCUGCCAGGCCUCUUAUUUCAUCCUUCCGCGCGUCUCCCGUACUGACGAUGCCAUCAUCAUCGAUCUUGAUGGUUCGGGAUAUGCUUCCCCAUUUCAAGGCAAGAACUGGUACGGCCAAAUUGCCAAUCCAGGAUUCAUUCCGGUGCCAUCGUUCAAUCCUUACCCAAUGAUGUUUCGCCAGCAGCAACAGCCCAGCGGAUGGCCGUAUCCGUCUGGAUAUCUUAGCCGAUUGGAAGAGGAGCCGAUUGACGUCAAACAAGUGGCAGCGACUUGUGGCGGCGGACCGGCCACAAUGCCAAAGACAGGGGGAUUGGCAAGCGGAAGAGUCUAUGGCGCAAUCGUUGCCAAAAAGGGCGCUUGGCCUUUCAUUGUAGCCCUGCAAAAAAGCACUGAUGGUAAAUUAUUUUGCAGCGGAACAUUGAUUAGUGACACCAAAGUCCUACUGGCGGCCCAGUGCCUCGAAGCAUUGUCCUUGUAUGAGAUAUCGUCUGUGACCGCAUUGAUUGGAAUGUAUUUAUCGGACCAAUCCGACGUCCAAAUGACGAGGAGGAUCACCAAAGUUGUCCUCCACGACAAAUACAACGCCUUCAAUUACGCCAAUGACAUCGCCAUCCUAACACUGGACGCGCCCGUGGCUAUUUCCAAGACUGUCGGCCCCGCUUGUUUGCCGCCGGCCAGUUCCGACCCCGAUCAAUACGUCGAAGAAAAUGCCAUAAUUAUGGGUUGGGGAACCGAAGAUUCAGGCGUAAUAAAACUGCAACAAACCAAAACUGCAAUUCCAAUUAUGGCCAACACCGAGUGCAAGGGUGACUCGACAUUUGGCAAAUAUGUGACGGACGCGACUAUCUGCCUCGAUACUAGCUCCACUGGUCCAUACGCAUGCAAAAUUGACAAGGGAGGCCCAGUUGUCAUCCUCCCGUCGCCAGGAGCCUGGACCGUUGUUGGAAUCAACAGCUACACCAAGGAUUGCUUUAGUAACGGCCUAAAAACCAGAGUGUCGGCAUACAGGACGUGGAUUGACACAUACAUGAAAUAAAAUUGAUCCACGACGACCAACAUGAAACGACCCAAUUCUCAAAUUCACAAAUUUGGUUUUUUAGUUAUUAUUAUUAUUAUUAUUAGCCGGCUGACUAAUAUUGAUUAUUAGUUAUACUACAAGCCACGCCAUUUACUGCACGAGUGGACAGCCAUUAAAAAGUUUUCUGAAUAAACGUUAUUAGUUGAA